UAUCAUCUUUGCUUUGUAUCUUUCCAAGUGCCGUUAUGAACAGAGCGGCCCAGCGCCAAAACUCCAGUUGAACAAAAAAGAAAAAUAAGUGAGUUUUGUGUGUGUUCAACUAAGACGCUUUGAUUUCUACAAAAAGUUCAAAAACACAAAAAGAAAUUGCCUUGAACAAACCGAAAGCAAUUCAAACAACGCUGAGCACGCACCAAGAAAAGGGCAGCAACGAGGAUACCAAAGAACGCAACAACAGCCCUUAGCCACUUACGCAGCAUUUCCAAAAUGGCGCCGACCAAAGGAGCAAUAAUGGGAGCCACCGCUGCCUCCAGCAAUGUGAACCCUCUCAUGGCCAUGCCAGCCGCACGGAAGGGUCCAGGACGUAGGCCAAAUGCCACAAGCCACAACAACAACAAUAUUGAUCCCAAUAUGGAGAACAAACAAACGCGCUCCAAACGCAAAGCCGACAAUAGUCCCAUCAAGAAUGAGAAGGUGAAACGCUCGGCCUUGGGCAACCUGACCAACAAUGUAAAGAUCAGCAGCGGGUUGAUGCAUCAAAACGAUGACGACAUUAAGUCUAAGAAACCCACAGCACAACAGCUCCAAGUUCACAUGGACGGCAAGAACAAUGAGAAUCUUAAAGUGAAUAACCUAGUCCCCGCCAGCAAAAUGAUAACAAGAGCUGCAGCUUGCACCAAGUUGGAGGCAUCUAUGGAGCAUUGUCACAAAGUGUUGGACAAGUUCGAGGAGGCUCUGGCAACUCGUCAAAAAAGUCGGAAACUACCACCGCCGCCGGCGCCCAAAAAGACUGAAUCGCAGGUUAAUAACUUGCAACUUUUGGCUCCACCAGCUCCAGCUGCAGUGGGGGCAGUGGCGGCUUCCAGUAUUAAGCCAGCUCGUCGAAUUUCCAAUGAUUUUAACAAGACUGAAGAGAGUUUAUACAUGUCCGCCUUGGAGGAUAUCUCGACGUCGGAGUCCAUGCGCCUGUCUGGCAAUUUUGAGGCAAUGAGGAGACGUUCUGCCAAGAUGCAACAAUCAGCGGAGCCCCAAGAACAACAAAAGACUGAUGCCAGCUCAGCUGAUGGCAGCAGCUUACCAGAUGCUGCAGCUGCUGCCGCCGCCGCCGCUGCUGCUGCUGCCACUUUGGUACCGUGCCCAAUUCUACCGGUGCCAGACGAUGUGGAGGAUUUCGAUCGCAAGAAUUGGGACGAUCCCUUCCAGGUAUCACACUAUGCCAUGGAUAUAUUCAAUUAUUUGAAGACGCGUGAACCCGAAUUCCGGAUCGAUGAUUAUAUGCCACGACAAAUUCACUUGACCCCAUGGAUGAGAACUUUGCUGGUAGACUGGAUGGUUGAAGUUCAAGAGACAUUCGAGCUAAAUCACGAGACCCUGUACUUGGCCCUCAAAAUUGUUGAUCUCUAUUUGUGCCGCCAGGUGAUUCAUAAGGAAAUGCUUCAGCUUUUGGGUGCCGCCGCAUUUUUCAUCGCAUGCAAAUAUGAUGAGCGGCAACCACCGCUAAUUGAAGACUUCCUGUAUAUCUGCGAUGGGGCCUACACACACGAGGAGCUGGUGAAAAUGGAGAUGAAUACGCUGCGUGUGAUCAACUAUGAUCUGGGCAUUCCACUCUCGUAUCGCUUCCUCCGGCGCUAUGCUCGUUGUGCCAAGGUUCAGAUGCCCACGCUGACCUUGGCGCGAUAUAUACUGGAGCUGUCGCUAAUGGAUUAUGCCACCAUACAGUUUAGUGACUCAAAAAUGGCAUCGGCUGCUCUCUACAUGGCCUUGCGUAUGCAUGGCGGCGCCGCGCAAUUGGAUGAACAAACCUGGAAUUCAACAUUGAUCUACUACACCGGCUAUCAGUUGGAGGAAUUUGCCGAAAUAAUUCCCAUUCUCAAUGCUGGACUGCAUCGCAAACCGAGGGCCACCAUCAAAACGAUACGGAACAAAUACUCGCACAAGAUAUUCCAUGAAGCUGCUAAAGUUCCAUUACUGACCAAUCAGGAACUAUUCCAAAAUAAUCUCAAAAUAGACAUCGUUUAAAGAACAAUUAUCAUCGAUUAAUUGAUUAGCCAAAUUUUACUACCACAAGCAAAAAGUGUUACGCUUCUAGCUAAGAUUAUUUAACCUUUUCAUUCUGUGUACACUUAACUUUAAUAUUUUUGAUAAUUUUAAAUUUAUUUUUAUUGUUUGUCUCACAUAAUUCGCACCCCCAUCUUUUAUUAUUAACCAUGAUUUUAACACCCUAAAAAACAAAAAAAAAAAACAAAAAAACAAAUAACCAAAACUUAAAAACUGCCAAUAUUAAUUGAUUUUCUAACCGAUAUUUCUCAUUGUAACUGUAAGUCAUUUUGCAACGUUUUAAUAAAUGUAAUUUAUAAGUCCUCAUAAACCCAAUAGAGUAACG